GUUUAUUCCGUUUUUUUCUGUAGUGUUAUUUAAAUUGAUACAUAUAUGGAUCUGGAGGCUCAGGCAGAUGAACUAGUAGUGCUCUCUAGUAUCUAUGAAGAUUGUUUCCAUGAGGCUGAGGGAGAAGGAAGCAAGGGUGGAGAGCUGGUCAUCAGUCUGGAUCUGCCUGGUACCAUUUCACUCAUCUCAUCCAAUGUUUCAGGAAAUCAUGGUUACAAUGAGCCUGUCCAAAUUCAACACCUCCCUCGUGUGUACCUACACUUCUGCUACCCUCCCAACUACCCCUCUGAGGCUCCUCCUUCCUUCACCCUCACAUGCAAGUGGAUCACAAAAGCGCAACUGAGCUUGCUCUGCUGUGAACUUGACAAGCUAUGGGAAGAGAACAAGGGGAGUGUUAUUAUUUACACAUGGAGUCAGUUUAUUCAUGAUGAGGCCACUAAACUUCUAGAACUUGGCAGUUCUUUGGAUGUUGACUCCAUCACUCCCAAGAAGAAUGAUCUGAUGAGGCAGUCUUCACAGCCAAUCAGUGUUUCCUCCUCUGGGGCGGAAAGCUCCUUGAACUCCAAUGAAUUCUCUAGGCCACUUGGGAGGAAGUCAGAAUCUGUGACAGAAGAUUUACUACCCUCAAAAAUCAUUCAAAAUGUCCCAAACUGUGAUAUUAGGAAUAUAAGUGAUAUUAAUAGAAAAGAUGAUGUUAUUAAUGGAGGCUGUGCUGAGAAAAUAAUCUCUGUAUCUGGAGUCAAUGUGAUAGAAAAAUUUUGUAGUGGAGUGGUUGAUAAUAGAGCUGUUCAGGACAUUGCUCCUAAUACCAACCUUUUUCUGUUGUUACGUGAGUAUGACCAAGAUAAGCGAAAGAAGGAGUUCAACUUGAAAAGCUUCAAGUGCGCUGUAUGUUUCACUGAGAAAAUUGGUAAGAUGUGCUUGGAGUUUUGGCCUUGCAGCCAUGUCUACUGCAAAGACUGCAUGAGAGGAUACUUCGAAGUGCAGAUCAGAGAAGGCAAUGUCAAGGCGUUGCAGUGCCCUACUGAGAAGUGCUCUUCUGAAGCCAACCCCAAGCAAGUGGAGGAGCUUGUGUCUGCCGAGUUGUAUGAGCGAUGGGACUCUCUGCUGCUCUCAAGCACUCUGAGUGCCUUGGGCGACACGCAGCCCUGUCCUCGGCAGCACUGUCAGUAUCCCGUCACCCUGAACGGCGACCAAGGCACCUGUCCUGUUUGCUCAUUUGUCUUCUGUUCUCUCUGCAGGUUUGGUACUCACGGCAAAGAGCCGUGUAAGCUGAAGAACAGUGAAACAAAGCGAGUUCUGGAGGAAUAUUCUAAGGGUGAUGAUGCCACCAAAGCGCGACUGGAGGAACGGUAUGGCAGAAAGUACUUACAGAAGCUGCAGCAAGAGUUGCUCAGUAUGAACUAUAUUUCGAACAAUGCCAAGAGGUGUCCAAAAUGUUCUGCUAACAUUGAGAAAAUGGACGGCUGCAACAAGAUGGUGUGUCAGCGCUGCCACGUGACUUUCUGUUGGCUGUGCAUGAAGAUACUGGAGGCAGCGCGUCCGUACGAUCAUUACAACGGAACUUCAUCGGAUUGUUACAACAAGCUUUUUGAGGGCGUCGAUAUUGAUGACUUUCCGGACUUUGAUGAUGUGGACGACGAUCAUGAACCACCUCCCAUUAGACCCAACGAUGAAAAUUUAGAUGAUGAUGAGGAACCAGGAAUGUAUUAUGUUUUUUUGUGAGGGUGUCACCAAGAUAGUUGAAGCAAUCGAACUUUUUUAUUUUAGUACCUUAAUCAGGUAUUAUUUGAAUUUCAAUCUACCUGAGCACAAGCUAAAGGAUAUUUGAUUAUUUCCAUAAUAUUUUCCAGGAUGUAAGCUCUGUGGCUGUUCGUAUUAAUUUCUCGACUUUUCAGUGAAAUUCACAUACUCGCGUUUGAAAUGAAUGCGAUACAUAUACCUUCAUCAAUAAAUGGGAACUUGAAUAUGUAGCGAUGAGCCUCCUCAUCACUACCAAUGAGCUAAAAUUUUGUGUUUAUAUAUCUUUCUCACCUUAUCAAUGGAUGCUUCUCAAAAGUAGGCGUUAUUCUUCGAUGUUGUUAUACAUGUGGUUCUUCUGUUCCUCAAAUUUAUUUGUCUACUUGACAAAUUUAACGGCAGGUAUUUGAAAAAUUUUCUGUAUUUGAUAAAAAGAUUCCAAUGGUGUAAUACUUAUCACCAUCAAUUAAUUUCAUAGAUGUAGUUAUGCAUUUACAAUAUUUUGACAAAUCGGAUUUAUUCAGGGAUUAUUUUCUUAAAAGUAUAUUUUCGAUUGAAUUACACUAUCCAGAUUUGUACGGUUAUUGUUUCGUGGUCGUUUUUAAUAAACUCUUAUUAUUUUCUGCUUGCUCUAAGUCUACAUGUUUGAAAUAGUGUAACUGAGCACAACAAAUUUGCAUCAAAUGUUAACUCAUUUCACUCAUCUGCAAUUUUUGCAUCUUAUUUCGUCUCAAUUAAGUUAGUAUCCUCCGGUUCAAUAAAUUGAAGCAAAAUGAAAUUAAUUUCAUUUAGCUUAUUAGUCACUUUCUACUUACACAUAUUUAUUUAUUUCGCAAGUAGUAUGACUUUUCUAACGACUUCACUGAAUUUUGUUAAUUUCAGUUAUUGGUUUUAGAAUCAAGUUUAUAUUUAUUUCGGUAUAUUUUUAUGCUCUACUUAUCCGUUAUGUUGAGAAUCUGUGUUAUUUCAGCAAGAUUCACAGAAAAAACUCCUUAACUACUGGAGAUUUACUAACUGUAGUUCCUGAAUUCAUGCAAGUGAUAUAGUAUUGAAUCUUCAUCCGCUUUCUCUUAGCAACGAAGUCAUUUUGCUCUAUCGGUAUGGAACUACUCACAUUUGUGGUUCAAAGAUAUGUCAUUUGCUAUAAAAGAUAUUUAUUAUAAUUUUUCGUAUGAUUUAUCGUUAA